CAGCGCCGCGUUGCUGACUAUGCGCAAAUUAAGUCGUAAAUAAACAGAGAGCGAUAAGUCACGCAGGGUUUGACAUUCAGCUACAUAUAAACAGUGGUAAAACAGUCGGCUGUCAUUAGGUCAAGUGUAAAUGUUUCUGUCUGAACUUUGCGACGUGUCUUUUGCCGUGAACGCUGCGUAUUAAAUAUCUUAUUAACAGGGAGCUGACAAAAGAACUGUCCAUUAAAGACAGCAUGCAUAUCAAUUUAGCAAGCUAACAUAGUGAAGGUCUACGUGAUAAUACAAUGAACUAAAUUACAGUAGUUAAAUUUAAGCAAAACUAUAACUUGAAACGAUAGCCUACAGUUAAUAAACAUUAAAUAUCCGCUUAAAUAGGUGUUAAAACUACAUAUUUGGAAAUAAUUAUAUUCUUAGUUUGAUUGGUAAAUGUGGAUAAUGUAAACGCUGAAGAUCCUCAACACAUCUCCAUCUCACACGAUAAACAUGACAGACAACGCUAUGACGAUGAAAGAUGCAAGCCAAGGCCUGACAUCAUCCAGGGUGAUGAUUAUUGAAAUGCUGAAUAAGAAAUUCGAAAGGCUCCCCGAAAGUGAUAGAAAAAUGCUUUCACGUGGUCCUUUGUAUUUGGCGGCCAACGCUGGGAUUGCUGGCAUGGUUGCAAACAGCUUUUACAGACGAGUUCUCCAUGUCACCCAAGGACUCUUUACUUCUAGUCUUCCCAUGGCUGUUCUUCCUUUUGUGACAACUGCAGCACUGUACACGGCGACUGUCACAACACCCCUGCUGUCAGGUGACCUGAACUGCCCAACCUGUGCCCUUAUAAGAGGCGCUUUGGUGGGUGUGGUCGGGGGUGGCAUUUAUCCAAUUUUGCUGGCCUUACCUGUAAAUGCUGGUCUUGCUGCAAGGUAUAACAGUGCACCAAUGCCAGAGAAGGGGAACAUAAUACGCUUCUGGAUGAAUUUGAGUAAACCCGUAGUAAAGAAAAUGUCCUUUGUUUUAGUGCUACAAUGUGUCUUUGGAACCUUCUUGAGCUCUAAGCAUUUUGAGAUCUACCUUAAAAUGCUAAAAAUGCCGGAUUCUGACAGCGAACAGCUGAAUGGUUAAAAUUUAACUGUUGAUAUUUGUACAUUGUAAGUCUUUUUGUUUAUUUACAGAAAAGGGGUCAUCGUGGCCCAGUCAUAUUGGAUUACGUUAUUUGAUCAUGUUUUGUUUUUCCCCCUGAAAAUAAAUAACUGCUUAACAUA